ACACCUUCGCGUUCAGCCAGUGAGGUCUGGUGCCGAGCAACGUCUUAGCGACUCCAGAUAGAAAACUGUAGCAGUGGGACCUGUACUUCGUCGAUCGUCGUAUGCGUGUGUGUUCUGUGUUUAAUCCGGUGUCAGCAUGAUGCACUUCCUGCUGCUGUUUAACCGGCAGUCCAGGCUGCGGCUCCAGAAGUGGUUCACGCCGGUGAGCGAGCGGUACAAGAGGAAGGUGAUCCGGGACAUGACCAUGAUGGUGGUGGGCCGGCCUGCGCGCUCCUGCAACUUCCUCCAGUGGAGGGACCUGAAGAUCGUCUACAAAAGGUAUGCCAGUCUGUACUUCUGUGUUGGGAUGGAGUCCGAGGACAAUGAGCUGCUCACCCUGGAGGUACUGCACCGAUACGUGGAGAUGCUGGACAAAUACUUUGGCAAUGUCUGUGAACUGGACCUCAUCUUUAACUUUGAGAAGGCCUAUUACAUCCUGGAUGAGUUCCUGAUGGGAGGGGAAGUUCUUGAAACCUCCAAAAUAGAUAUUGGGGUAGCAAUUGAGGAUGCAGAUGUACUUCAAGAGACAUUGGAAGAGUACAUGAGCAAACCAACCUACUGAGUUGUGUUGGAAGUGUGAAGAUUCCUUUUAUACCUGUAAAAACCUGCCCAGGAAGGUUGAUGAUGUUGUGAUGAGCAUUUGGUCAUCUUUAGAAUGUUGUAUUGUAAUGUAUUUGAAGGACAAAUAUGCUGACGGUGCCUUUCUAAAUUCUCCAUAUCUAUGAAUGUAUUUACAAUAAACUAUGUUGAUGGAUA